AGUCUACACCCUGUACCUACCAUUAUUAGCACUGUUUAUUAUAUACUCCUGACCCCGUUUGCCGCCCCAUGAUACAUCUUCCACUGUUCAUACCUCAUAUAUCGGUUACGCAAAUUAUCAUUAAGAGUGUUUUUUUAGAUGGCGCAGCCACCUUUACAAAUGCCUGAUCUUAACGGGGCUGCACAAGACAAACCAUCGUAGCCAUACUCGCGGCCCUGAUUCAACCGCCCCCAAUGCAAAACGUACCUCCUGGCGGGCCGAACGAUCCGGGUCAAGCCGAAAAUGACCGCCUCCAUAAUUUAAGACGCAAAGAUGAUAAAUCCUCCGAACAAGGUUAUCCCAAACCAAUAGGAUUAGAUUCCAGCCAGCAUCAACACGUACAGAGACCUCAUACCAGCAGGUUAUCAAAGACUAAAUGUGGCACAAAUUAUCAAUACGCAUAUUGUGAGGGCGCACGUACCCUCUGGGCACAACAUCAUGGUAUAGACGAAGUGCCAAACAACGAUUGGAAAGAGAAGUGGUUUGAUAGGAAGAGAAAGAGGAAGAGGGAGGAGGAGAGGCGGGAGGAGAAGGCGGGAGGAGAAGGCGGGAGGAGAAGGCGGGAGGAGAAGGCGGGAGGAGAAGGCGAGCGAAGAGGGCGAGCGAAGAGACAGAGGGAGGGCGAAGAAGAGGAAGAGGAAAAGGAAAGAUAUAUUAGAUCUUCAAUAGAAUCUGAUAUAUAA